UCAACACGAGGAGGACUUUUCCCAUCAUGCUUUGCAAAGCAUGGCGGCGUCCUGGUGUCGGCGUGUGUAUAAACAGCUGCAGAUUUAGCUAAGCGAAAAACCAGACAAAUCUUAGUUUUCAUGAAUUGUUCAAAACGCAUAUAGACAUUUGGUUCACUUCGAGCAACGAAACCAAGAUGAAGAUCAAAUCCAAGUCUUCGUACCACAGAUCUGAGAACACAUUUAGGUUUCUCACUUUUGCUGAAAGGCUUGCCAAUGUUAACAUCGAUGUCAUCCAUCGUAUUGACAGAACUGGAGCUUAUGCCGAGGAGGUAGAAACAUAUUUCUCUGAAGGACUGGCUAAAUGGAGGGACCUAAACUUGACCGAGCAUUUCACUACUUUUCUGAAAGAGGUGUCCAACAAGAGCCAGUCAUUCAACAUGCUGGUGUUCCAUCAGAAGUCUGUAGUGGAAAGUCUGAAAACACACCUGGCUGUCAAGGAGAGUCUGGCCUACCAACCGCUGCUGGACCUGGUAGUACAGCUGGCCAGAGACCUGCAGACCGACUUCUAUCCUCACUUCCCAGACUUCUUCCUUCUGAUCACCUCCCUGCUGGAGACGAAGGACACAGAGGUGCUGGAGUGGUCGUUUACCUGCCUGUCUUACCUCUACAAAUACCUGUGGAGGCUCAUGGUGAAGGACAUGACCAACAUCUACAGUUUGUACAGCACACUGUUGGCACACAAGAAGGAACACAUCCGCAAGUUUGCAGCAGAGAGCUUCUCUUUUCUGAUGAGAAAGGUUCCAGAUCUUGAUGCCCUCCUGACUCAUGUCUUCUCAGACUUGGAGGAACAUCCUGACAAGGUGGAGGGCGCAGGUCAGCUGCUGUUCGAGAUGUGCAAAGGAGUCCGAAACAUGUUCCAUUCCUGUGCUGCAACUGCUUUCCCUGUUGCUUUGCGUAAGCUCGGUCCUACAACCAGCCGUGGAGUCUCCCUGCCGUGGAACAGUGUCCGGGACGCUCUGGAUCACAUGGCUCAGGCUGCCUGCGGUCACGUUGACCGAGAACAUUUUCUGGUUUUGUGCGAGUCUCUUCAGGUCAGUGUUAUGGAGGUUUUAGCUGUCAUGGAGGCAAAGGGUGAAGAUGCAGAUUUGGCCACUGAGCAGCUGGAGAGGCUGCUGUUCAUCCUCCACACACUGGUGUCGCACAAAGACGGAGCCAAGAUCAGCAAACCUGAAGCCGUCUGCCAGACGGUGUUGAAGUUGAUUCAGAGCUCGUCUUUGUCGACUCCCUGCUGCCGACUUCUCCUGCAAAUCACCUCGUCUCUGCUGCUCGGGGAGAACAUCAGCCUGCCCAAAGCUCUCAUCCAGGAGACCGUGCAGAAGGUGUUUAGCAGCACAGUCGAACCAGAUCUGAAACUGGAGUUCACCAAGGAGAUGUUCACCAUGAAGCAGUUUGAACAGCUCUUCCUGCCCAGCCUGCUGCGCUUCACCGCCGGUUUAUUCGCCCGUGGAGACUCCCUGAGUCGCCACAGCAGUCUGGAAGUUCUGGUCAGUCUGAUCCUCGCCAAAGCUCCGCCUCCCACAGACGGCUCCAUGGCCUUUGAAACCUACCCGCUGCUCUUCACCGGACAGACCACAGGAGUGUUCAGCAGUAAGGAGGGGAACACAUCAGAACAACCUGCAGUUCCAGAGCUGGUUCUGUCACUGAUCAAACUUCCUGAGGAGCAGAACGUGUCCAUCACUGACCUGUCGCUGCCGUGGUCUGCUCUAGUGCUGCUGCCACACCUCAGACCUCUGCCUCCAGCCAGUGUUGUUCCUGCUGUGACCGCUUUCCUAAACCACCUCCUGUGUGAGAUCGAGACAGAGAAGCUGGGGAAAGCUGCUCUGUUUGUAGCCAGACAGGCUCUGAGCUGCCUCCUUUCUCUGGACAGCUCUGCUGAGCUGCUGUCUCUGGUCACUGUGGAAAAGAUCAACUCAAUCCUACAAAAGUUUCCCACAGAUCUGUCGGCUUUGCUGCUGGGAGAUUUAUAUUACACCCGGCUGUCGCUCAGCGGCGUUUCAGAGCAUCUUUCCCACAAUGCUUUGCUGGAGCUCUACCAGAUGCUGCACGCCAACCUCUCCUCCAACAUUUCCAAGAUCCGCCUGCUGACUUUGAGGAUCUUCUCUCAAUUUGAGGCUGAACUUCCUCCACCGACUGAGGGUGAGGAGAACAUCGAGGUGCAGCCAGUGUUUGCAGUUUGCCUGCAGGCCGAGCUGGUUCCAGCUUCGGUUCAGGACUACAGAGACAAAAUGCUUCACCUUCGUAAGCUGAGACACGAUUUAGUGCCGCGAAGUCUUCCACAAGGACCACCGGGAGCCUUCCAGCAGGUGCCCCUCCGUUACCUCAUAGCGAUGCUGUUUGUCAACUUCAGGCCGCUGUGGGACGCAGUCAUCGAACUUCUCGUGACUCAGGCCAGAGGGAUGGACAACAAGGACUUCUGGAGAGUUUACCAUGAACAGCUGGAGAUGGUGGCAGGGCUGGCUGAAAAGGAAUUGCAAGAGGACGAUGAGGACGAUGCUGAUGAUGAAGAGUCGAGUGAGCCGGGCUGUGAUGUCAUUGAAAGUGGAGACAUCGGGGUUCUGUUCCUAGAGCAGCUCAAGUCGACCUCUGACCCCAACGAGAGGACGGACUUCUCAAACUUCCGCAGCCUGUUGUGGCGAGCCAUGGCCCAGUUCCCCGACCGGGUGGAGCCUCGCAGCCGCGAACUGAGUCCACUGCUGCUCAGGUUCAUCAGGAAUGAGUUUUAUCCCGCCGACCUGUUGGUGGCGCCGACUCAGGACCUGAGGAAGAAGAGCGAUGCUGCUCCAGAGGAGUCGGGAAUGAAUGUGGAGGGUGAAGAGGAGGAAGAGGAGCAGGAGGCCGAGGAAGGAGGAAGGCAGCAGAGGAAGACGCUUCCGAGGAGAGCUGCUGCCAAACAGCUUAUUGCCCAUCUGAAGGUGUUUGCCAAAUUCACCAACCCUCGAGCUCUGUAUCUAGAGAGCAGCCUCAGUGAGCUCUAUAACCAGUUGCUCUGCCAUCAGGACCAGCAGAUUCAGCGAGUGUCGCUGGAUUGUGUUCUCACAUACAAAGACGCCAACAUUCUACCGUACAAGGAGAAUCUUGAGAGGCUCCUUGAGGACAAACACUUCAAAGAGGAAAUUGUCCAUUUCAACAUUUCUGAGGAAACGGGAGUAGUUGAUGCUUCCCACAGAGGCCGACUCAUCCCACUGCUCAUGAGGAUCCUGUUUGGACGUCUGCGCAGUAAAGCCGGCAGUAAGUUCCAGGGGAAGGCGAGCGCCUCCACCCGGUCCUCCAUCAUCCUCCGAUUCCUGGCAGGUUGUCAGGCUGAGGAGCUGGGAAUGUUCAUCGACCUGCUGCUGGAGCCCGUCUGCCACCACAGCCAAGGCUCGUGUCUGGCUGCAGUUCAGAGGUCGGUAUCAGCGACGGACCUCGGUGCUGUCCUGCCGUUGGGCCGCCAGCACAGUCUGCUCAACAUCAUCAAUGUAGUGAUCCAGAAACUGGGCCACCUCAUCCACACCUACCUGCCCAAAGUGCUGCAGAUCCUGCUGUGUGUCACCGCUUGUGUGUCGAAAAUCCUGGACAGCAGGGACCAGCUACGAGCCGGUUGCAUCAGUCCUCUGAAGAACCUGAGGAGACUCGGUAUCCUGAGGAUCCAGGACUUCUUCGAUGGCUUCGACUCCUACAGCUUCAGCCCAGAUGAGAUAGAUGGCGUGUUUGAGGGCGUCGUCUGGCCUCAGGUGUGUCGUCUCCCCACAGAGAGCCCCUACUCUCCCACCCCUCUGCUCAAACUCAUCCAUGUGUGGUGCAAAAACGCCAGAUACUUCCCCCUCUUAGCCAAGCAGAAGCCGGACCACCCAGAGUGUGACGUCCUUCUCAACGUCUUCGCCCUCCUCUCAGCCAAGAACGCUUCCCCAGCGACCAUCGCCAUGGUGAUGAACAUCGCCGAGUCUCUAGCAACAGCAGAAGACUUUGUCGCCUCGGAGACCGAGACGGAGCUCAGCGUCAACGGUGGCGUGUUUCCACAGCCUGCAGAGGGCGCUCUAGUCACCGCAGAUUCUUUGACUCAAGGCUCCAGGCUGCUGCUGCCUCACGUCUCCACGCUGCUGCAUUACCUCAGCGGAGUCGUACGAAACACCGACCGACUCAAGAAGAAGAAGUUCAGAGCUCAGGUGGCCAAAGAGCUCAACAUCCUCUCCAAGGUUAGUCGGUUUGUAAGCGACAAGGAGCAGAGUUCGGUGCUCAUCGGUCUGCUGCUUCCUUAUCUCCAGAAAGGCAACAACCCUCAGGAGACAGAGAUCGACAUCCUGGCCACCGUCCAGAACCUUCUGCGACAGUGUUUGCAGCCGUCCGCCUUCCUGCGACCGCUCAGCAAACUCUUCUCCAUCAUCCACAACAAGCUGCCCAGACAGGCCCUGACCUCCGUCUUCCAGACUCUGUCAGAUCUGCAUCCUUCGCUCACCUACAUCACCGAUGCAGCAACAAAGCUUAAUGCAUUUGACAGUCGACACUUGGACGAGAUCUACUUCGACGUGCGUCUGACGGCUUUCCAAGACGCUACCAGGCGAAUCAAAGGCAUGCAGACUCUGGACCUGGACUACAUCAACACCAUCAUGCACAACUGUUUCCACACAUAUGAGAUCGGUGACAUGUCGCUGGCAGACAACGCCACCUUGUGUCUGUCUGCUGUUAUAACCCAGCUAGCGGAGGUCGGUGCUGGAGAACAGAUCUACAGGGACGUAGUACAGCACACCAUCCUGGACGCUGUGCACAAAGGGCUCCGCAGCAAGACAGAGAGCGUGCAGCAUGAAUACACCACCAUACUCGCCUGUCUGGUGAAGACGUUUCCCUCCAAGAAAGAGUUCAGAGAUCUGGUGCAGCUCACCGACUACAACGACCCCGAGUCUGACUUCUUUGAGCACAUGAAGCACAUCCAGAUCCACCGUCGCGGUCGAGCCCUGAGGAAGUUGGCCAAACAGCUGACUGAGGGCACCGUGGUGUUGACGCCUCGUUCCCUCCAGAACUACAUCAUGCCGUACGCCACGACGGCCCUGCUGGACGAGAAGAUGCUGAAGCAUGAGAACAUGACUUCGGCGUCGGUGGAGGUGGUCGGCGCCGUGUGUCGCCGGCUGACCUGGUCUAAAUAUCUGUACUACCUCAAACACUUCAUCCACAUCCUGCAGACCUCACAGGCUGAUCAGAAACUGGCGGUCAGUUUGCUCGUGACUGUCCUUGAGGCUUUUCAUUUUGACCAUCAGACCCUCAGCAAAGAAAUAGAGGCUGCCAAAGCCAGAGAAGCUGGGAGUGUUACUAUCGACGCAGACGAUGAAGAUGAAGCUCCGGCCGACGAAUUGGACUCAAGCGACGACGAAGAAGCGAUGGAGGUUGACAGUAAGGCUGCUGCCACUGAUGUUCCCAUGGAAACCGCUGACGGGGAAAGGAAUGGCAGCUCAGGGGAAGUUGCCGCCACUAAAACCAAACAACAGGCGGCUCCUAAACCAGCGCCGGUGGCCAGCGGACUGCCGCAGAGCCGAGAGGAGCUGGAGUCUCUGAUCGGUGCGAUUCACCAGACUGUGAACAACAGUGUCCUGCCUCGCCUGCACAAGUGUCUCACUGCAAAGGUGAAACGCGACGAGGAGCACAAAGCAGUGAAAUCAAAGGAUGUGAAGGACGAGGAGGUGGUCCGGAUACCGAUCGCCUUCGCUAUGGUCAAACUGAUGCAGACUCUUCCUCCACAUGUGAUGGAAGCAAACCUGCCCGGGAUCCUGAUCAAGGUUUGUGUCCUGCUGAGGAACCGUUUCCAGGAGAUCCGCGAUGUGGCAAGAGGAACUCUGGUGAAGAUCAUCGAGACUUUAGGCUGCCGGUAUCUGCACUACCUGCUCAAGGAGAUGCAGGGAGUUCUGGUCAAAGGCUACCAGGUCCAUGUGUUAACGUUCACAGUCUACCAGCUGUUAUCUGCCCUCAGUCCAACCCUGAACACCGGAGACCUGGACCCCUGCAUGAACAUGCUCAUCGACAUCUUUAACAACGAGCUGUUCGGUGCCGUGGCUGAGGAGAAGGAGGUGAAGGGAAUCGUCUCCAAGCUGAUGGAGGCUCGACACAGCAAGAGUAUGGACUCAUACGAGCUGCUGGCUCAGUUCUGCAGCAAAGAGACCAUCACUAAACUGAUGCUGCCACUGAAGGAGAUCCUGGAGACGUCCUCCAGUCUGAAGGUUUGUAAUCGGGUCACUGCUGUUCUGCGUCGACUCAUCCUCGGCCUCCUCGUCAACACCGGAAUGACUCCACAAGACGUCCUGCUGCUGAGCCACGGUUUGGUCAGCCAGAGUCUGCCGCUGCUCACCAAGAGAGACCGAGAGAAAUCAUCGGCUAAGCCUCCUCCAGAUCCCAGGCUUCCUCCUCCCAGCUGCCUCCUGCUGCCUCCAACUCCAAAGAGAGGAGGCCAGAAAGCUCUGGUCAGCAGCCGAACCAACAUGCACAUCCUGGUGGACGCUGGACUCAAGCUGCUUCACUUGAGUCUGAAAAAAUCCAAAGUGACGUCGUCUGAUGCAUCUGCUCUGGAGAUGUUGGAUCCUUUUGUUGUGCUGCUGCUCGACUGUCUCGACUCCAUGCACGUCAAGGUGAUCACUGAGGCUCUGGUUGCCUUCACUUUCCUGUUGAGGUUUCCUCUUCCAGCAGUGGAGCAGAACGCCGGCCAGCUGACCCGGCAGCUCUUUGUCCUGCUGAAGGAUUAUUCAAAGGCUGGAGCUGCUCGAGGAGAAAACUACCAGCUGGUCCAGAGCUGCUUCAAGACCAUCACUAUUCUGGUGAAGAACAUCAAAACCAACGACAUCUCAGAGACGCAGCUGCAGGUGCUGCUGGGAUACGCCGAGGAGGACAUCUACGAUCAGUCGCGUCAGGCCACCGCCUUCGGUCUGCUGAAGGCCAUUCUGUCCAGGAAGCUCGUUGUUCCAGAGAUGGAGGACGUGAUGAAGAAAGUGGCCAAGUUGUCCGUCGCCGGCGGCAACGCUAUGAUCAGAAUCCACUGUCGACAGAUUUAUCUGAAGUACCUGCUGGAUUAUCCUCUGGGGAGGAAGCUGAGAUCACAUCUGGACUUUGUUGUGGCUCAGCUGCAGUACGAACACGACACCGGCAGGGAGUCUGUGCUGGAGAUGCUGGCGUUCAUCUUCCAGACGUUUCCUCAGAACCUGCUGCUGCAGCACAGCGGUCUGUUCUUCGCUCCGCUGGCUCUCGUUGUCGUCAACGAUGACUCUGCUCGCUGUAAGAAAAUGGCUGCCAUGGCCAUUAAAGCUCUGCUAGCCCAGCUGGACUCGAGCCACCAGAACGUCCUGUUCUCUGUCGUCAGCACCUGGCUGAAGGCGGAAAAGGCCUCUAUGCGGCGUCUCGGGGCUCAGAUCUGUGGUCUGUUCGUGGAGGUGGAGGAGGAGAAGUUUGCCCGUCGACUGGAUGAGCUGCUGCCUCUGCUGGAGAAAGAGAUCAACCCCGACAACUAUGUAGACAUUGAGGAGGAGCAGGAGGAGAGAGGAGCUGACCGGCUGUUGUUCACUUAUCUGACUCUCAUCACCAAACUGAGUCAACACUGUGGCCUGUUAGAGCUCAGCAACCCUCAGGACACACUUCAUCAGAUGUGGACUCACAUCGAAGCCCACCUGCGCUACCCUCACUGCUGGGUUUGGCUCACCGCCUCGCAGCUCUUCGGUCAGCUGUUUGCAGCUCAGCCGGCCGAGCAGCUGGUUUCCGUUUGGCGAGGAGAAGGACACGCUUCAUCUUCAGCCACUAAAUUCAUCACCAGCAGCCUGGACAAGAAGAUGAGAGAGCUGGCGUUGUCCUUCUGCUAUCAGCUGCAGUCAAAGUUCCUCGACACAGCGUCAGGAGAGCAGGUGAUCAAGAACCUGCUGUUCGUGGGUAAAGCCAUCUACCUCAUUUCCCCCGAGUCGGACGUCGAUUCGCCUCCGGAGGAAGUGAAAGAGGAGGAAGAAGAAGAGGAAAAGAAGGAUGAAAAUGGAGAAGAAGGAGAAGAGAUGGAGGAGAAAGAAAAGGAAGAAGAGGACGAAGACGACAAGGACGAUCGACCUCCUUCGCUUCUGUGGCUGAUUAGGAAGUUGUCUUUAAUGGCGAAGAGAGAAGCAGCGUUUUCUCCCAAAGUUCCCCUCAAGAGAACAUGUGUGUUUAAGUUCCUGGGAGCGAUAGCCAUGGAUCUGGGAAAAGACCGGCUCGGCCCAUAUCUGACCACCAUCAUCACUCCACUGUACAGAGAGCUGGACAGCACGUAUGCAGAACAAGAUCCAACAUUGAAGAACUUGGCACAGGAGCUGAUCGAGCUGCUGAAGAGACAAGUGGGCUUGGAGAGGUUUUCUCUGGCUUUCUCUGCUGUCCAAAAAGAGUUUUCACAGAGACGAGCGGCUCGCAAACGACACCGAGCCAUGCAGGCGGUGGCUAAUCCAGACAUCGCUGCCAAGAAGAAGCUCAAGAAACACAGGAACAAAAUCGAAGCCAAAAAGAGGAAGAUCGAGUUCCUGCGGCCGGGAUAUAAAGCUAAAAAGCACCGGAGUCACGCGCUCAAAGACCUGGCGAUGGUGCAGUGAUCUGUAGGAGCUGCUACAAGGACACAAGGUGGGAAUGAAAGCUGAUCAGCUGACUCAGGACUUACAGGAGGCUUCAGCUGGACGCUGCAGAUGUACAAGUUUGACCUCUUAAUGUUACAUUAUGACUUUAACAUCCUAAUUACCAUGCCAGUUGGUUUAAAAAAAAAAAGAAACAGAUGCUUCACCUUGGUGCUGAGCCAAGUGUGUGAAGGAUGUUGUGCAGAAGCCCACCUAUUCAACACGGAGAACUGAGACAUCCUGUAACAGCUGCCACACAGCAGGACGUCUGUAUCCCCAAUGACAGUCAUUCCUGUGAAUUGCAGAUCAAAGCUGAAGUCUAUUUUUUAUUUUCCUGACUGUGGAGCUGAUUGAGCUCCGAUUUAUAUCAUGUGCAGUUGAAUGUACGAGUUUUGUAAUUAAAAAAAAGAUCCGACACAGUCA